AUGUCCUUUUGUUUCGAGCUCGACGGCUCUCCCGUUUCUGCUGAGCUUUCCUGUGGUCCUCGAUCCUAUGUGUCCAUUGCUUGCUCAAACUGUUUGGGCUUGUCUUUCUCUGGGGAGUGUGCUGAUCUUGCAGUCUCCGUGAAGAUUGGCGAUAGCUGGCCUACAUGUAUUAUGUCUCUGCUUGUCUCAGGCAAACAUCAAGAGUUUGACUUGGUGUUGGGUGGAGACUGGAAGGGCCUGAUGAAGGAGCUCGGCUUGGCUACAGGUGUUAUCUUUCCCGUGGCAUUGCAAUGUUCCAUUGUUCAUGGUCCUAUCCCUGCCUUCGAAGUCAGAGAACAGACAUCUCGGAGGUCCGCAUCUCCUCCAGCCGGGCACGGGUCCUCUGGUGGCGGCGACAGUGGGGGUCAUGAAUGCGUGGAGCCAGCUGGGCCAUUGCCAACCAUUGAUCUACCAAAUUGCUCUCUGCACAUUGACAAUUUAAACACGGAACAUGUUCAAUUUAAAUCUUUAAUCUGUGACCCGAGCUCUUCAUUUUUCGUGUUGGGUGGCAGCAGCUCUGCUGUUGUGGAGGCACUUAGACUUCAUGGUGUUUUGUAUGAGGGUCUCAGUGGUGAUGCCCGUCGAGCUGCUCUUGUUCAUCAUCUUUUUUAUGGUCAUUGCCAUCGUCGUGCAAUGACCAAUUGUCGCGCUGUUGUGCAGAUGUCGACAAGUAUGGUGUCUCUUGCCACCUCUCUUUCUGAAGAAGUGUUAGCAUUGUUUCGACGUUCCGAGCUCCCUUCUGGGAUAUUCCAGGAUUUAUAUAUGUUGCGUGAUCCCUUAUUAUUGACAUUCGUCUCUACCAUUAUUGGGAUUGGUCGCCGCACUUUACAUAAUCGCCGUAGCGGGCUUUGCGCCCGAAGGCGCGCUGCCAUCAGGAAAAUCACGGGGACUUGA